AUGGCAUCUAAUUCGAUCAAGGAGUCCGCCCAUAAUGCGGCCGUCUCCGCACAACAAGCCGUCGAGAACCCGGCGCAAACCUCCUCUACCAUCCUGCAACACCCCUACAUGCGCGCCGCUCUCCCCUUCGUCAACGGUGGUUUGGCCGGUAUGACUGCCACCAUUGUAAUUCAACCCGUCGACAUGGUCAAAGUCCGCCUGCAACUCGCCGGCGAAGGUGCCCGCACCGGUCCCAAACCCUCCGCCCUGGGAAUCACCAAGGAGAUUAUUGCUUCGGGCAAAGCCCUCGACCUCUACACCGGUCUCUCGGCUGGUCUCCUCCGCCAAGCAGUCUACACCACCGCCCGUCUGGGUUUCUUCGACACCUUCAUCAAAAAGUUGAAUGUGCGCGCCGAGGAGCAAAAGCGUAAAGUCACCUUUGCCGAACGUGCCGCCGCGGGUCUCUCGGCCGGUGGUAUCGCCGCGAUGAUCGGUAAUCCGGCCGAUUUGGCCCUCGUGCGCAUGCAAUCAGACGGCCUCAAGCCCCCCGAGGCUCGCGCAAACUACCGUUCCGUCUUCGAUGCGCUGGUUCGCAUCCCCAAGCAAGAAGGUCUGGCGGCGUUGUGGGCCGGUGCCUUGCCAACGGUUAUUCGGGCGAUGGCCCUGAACAUGGGACAAUUGACUUUCUUCGCGGAGAGCAAGGCCCAGCUGAAGCAGCACACUAGUCUGUCUGCGCAGAACCAGACGUUCGCGGCUUCUGCGAUUGCGGGUUUCUUUGCUAGUUUCCUCUCGUUGCCGUUUGACUUUGUCAAGACUCGGUUGCAGAAGCAGCAGAAGGAUCUGGCUACGGGGAAGGUGCCAUACAAGGGAGUUUUGGAUUGCGCUCGUAAGGUUGUGCAGGAAGAAGGGUGGUUGCGUUUCUAUCGUGGCUUUGGAACGUACUAUGUGCGGAUCGCUCCUCAUGCAAUGGUGACUCUCAUUGUGGCCGAUUAUCUCAACCUUAUCACGAAAUAG